UUCGCAACAAGUGGAAUUUUAACUUUAUUAAGUGAAAAAAUGUUGCGUGUGUUAUAUACAACUUUAGCGAAAAGCUCAAACUUAACAACAACAACGGCGGCAGUAGCUUCCAUGAACGCUAGCAGCUAUCGGAAGCAAAGUACAAUAAUUAAAGAAAAUGAUGGCGUACGUGAAAUUAUUUUGAAUGAUCCAAAAGCACGUAAUACGCUCUCCCGCGAAGUAAUGACAUCCAUACAGGAGGGCAUAACGAAGGAUGUGCAAUGUGAAGAUUUGCGUUGCAUUGUAAUUAGUUCCACCGGGCCGGUAUGGUCAGCGGGUCAUAAUUUGAAAGAAAUUGCAGCAUCUAGUGAUUGUGGUCAUGAGAUUUUUAGUCAACUUGUUGAUAUCAUUAUGAAUAUUUAUAAAUCACCAGUGCCGAUAAUAGCAAAAGUUAAUGGCAUGGCUACUGCUGCUGGUCUGCAAUUGGCAGCCUCAUGUGACAUGGUUGUGGCGUCUGAUAAAGCUAGUUUCGCUGCGUCAGGCGUUAAUAUCGGUAUAUUCUGCACGACGCCUGGUAUUGCCAUAUCGCGCGUUAUGCCACGCAUGAAAUCCUCUUACUUGCUCUUUACGGGAUUACCAAUAAAUGCCCAAGAUGCGCUGGCAGCAGGUUUGGCUAGCGUUGUUGUGCCUGAAGCCCAAUUAGACGCAGAAACAAAUAAAAUCACACAAGCAAUAAAAGAAAAACCACGUGCCAUCUUAGCUAUGGGCAAAGCAUUUUACUACAAACAAUUGGGUUUGAGUGUUAAGGAUGCCUACGAUCAGGGCACAGAUGUUAUGGUGGAAAAUAUCAACAUGGAAGAUGCACAGGAGGGCUUAAGAAGCUUCAUUGAGAAACGUAAACCAAAUUUUUCAAAGAAAUAGAGAGCAUGGUGUAGAAAAUGAUAACUGCCGCUCAUUAUUGUGUGUUUGAAGCGUCACUUGCUACAAGCACAAAAAAAAUGCAUUUAUUAUAUACAUAUUAAUAUUUACAUAAAUACUAUAAGUUGUUUGUGACUUAAUAUGUGGUUAAAGAUAUGUUAUUUAUGAUAUUGUACUUAUAUAUAUACAUAUAUACGUAAUAGCAAUA